AUGUCACAGAGUGGGGAAAGUCAGUCUGGGUUUGGCCCAAGAACCUCUGCAGACACAGACUCGCACAGCUCUCUUGUGAAAACGGGCUCAGGAAGCAAUACAUCUCGUAACGGGGAUGGGGCAACUGCUACUACAGAGAAGUUUGGAGGGGGAAAUGCGUCUUUGUCCGCAUCUAGCAAGGACGCGGCCAAGAGAAAAAAGCCGAAGAACAAUAUUGCUAAAAACAAUUCUACCUUCGUCUCGAGAAUUAUUCCCCAUGAAAACCUAGCGAAACGGCUUGCAGAGAGGAACUCGGAAGAUUUGUUUAUUUUUGCAAACAUAAACCGAGCAUUCAAUUGGUUGGAUAUGGGUUCCUCAAUUAAGCAUGAACCUCUCUCGAAAAUUUUAUUCACGAAAGCACACCCACUUUGCCAUGAUGUCAACCUUCUCACUAAGAGCUCUACUCACUUAGAUGUGAUUAUUGGUUUCUCGAGUGGGGACAUUGUGUGGUUCGAUCCAAUCUCAAACAAAUAUGCAAGGCUAAACAAGAAUGGCGUGAUAAACCCACACGCAGUUGCGGAUAUCAAAUGGAUACCGGGAACUGAGAAUUUAUUUCUAGCCGCCCACCAAGACGGAUCUUUGAUAGUAUAUGACAAAGAGAAGGAGGAUGCGCCAUUUAUGCCUGAGGAUGCACCGGAUGCUACUGGAAUGCCUGAGAAAGCUGCUACGGGAUCCGAUAGUACGGCAAGUCUCUUGAGGUACUUUUCGGUGAACAAGUCGGUGGAGUCAAAAAACCAGAGAACCAAUCCUGUUUCGUAUUGGUCGAUCUCUAGAAGUGCCAUCACGGCCUUUGCCUUCUCUCCGGACUGCCAAUAUGUUGCUGUGGUAGCUGAAGAUCAAUGUUUGCGGGUCAUUAAUAUUGUUAAGGAAAAACUUUUAGAUGUUUACAGUAGCUACUAUGGCGGGUUAAUGUGUGUUUGUUGGUCUCCGGAUGGAAGAUAUGUUGUCACAGGUGGUCAGGAUGACCUAGUAUCCAUAUGGUCGUUUCAUGAUCGGCGCAUCGUAGCUCGCUGUGAAGGACACCAUUCAUGGGUAUCUAGUGUUGCCUUCGAUCCUUGGCGUUGCGAUGAUCGUACCUAUCGUUUUGGGAGUGUUGGAAACGACUGUAGGUUGCUGUUAUGGGAUUUUAGUGUUGGAAUGCUUCACAAACCAAAAGCGGCGGCCACACAGAACCGUGGGAGCAUGUCAUCUCAUAAUUACCAGUCUCAAAGCGGAAGAAUUCGCGCAGAGAGCCUCUCGGGGAGGUUGCGGUCAAAUUCUAACAUCGCUUCCAUCCAUGACGAGAGUUCAGACCAAGAAAUCGCUGUUCAUCCCGUAGAGGAACGUGCACGCACCGCAGUUUUACCACCGAUCAUGUCGAAAGUCAUUGACGCGGAGCAUCUUACCCAGCUAGUUUUCCGGGAAGACUCAAUCGUUACAACAUGCGUGGAUGGGCACUUGAAGACGUGGAAUCGACCACAUUUAAUACGGUGUGGUGUUGAUGGUAGUGUAUUGUGUUGCAGUCGAUUGAUUGAUAGGGUUGACACGGUAGCCUACCUGGUGUCAUCAAUCACCAAUCACAUUCAUCGAUCGCGAUACCGUACUCGGCUCGUCCGUCUUGUUUUUUGUUUUUUUUCACCUCUGCUGUUUAGCUUGGUUUUUAUCAUUAUUAUUUCGGUCUUUUAG